UGCCCAGAGACUGAAGUUCAGGCUGAACCUCUACGAGCUGAAGGAGGGCAGGCAGAUCAAACCUCAGACUUUUAUGAGCAUGGUUUCCAAUCUGCUCUAUGAGAGACGGUUUGGGCCGUACUACACAGAACCAGUUAUUGCAGGGCUGGACCCUGUGACACACGAACCCUUCAUCUGCUCCCUGGACCUCAUCGGCUGCCCCAUGAUCACCGAUGACUUCGUGGUCAGUGGGACCUGCUCCGAGCAGAUGUAUGGCAUGUGUGAGUCCCUCUGGGAGCCCGACAUGGAGCCCGACCACCUCUUCGAAACAAUCUCUCAGGCCAUGCUGAACGCAGUGGACAGAGAUGCCAUUUCUGGAAUGGGAGUGGUGGUGCACAUCAUUGAAAAAGACAAGAUCACCACCAGGACCCUGAAAGCUCGCAUGGACUAACCCAGCACCUCUCCUGUGGUUCACAGCCCAACCUGCUUGGAACUUUUUUUAAAUAAAACCCUCUA